AUGAUCAAUCCAUCACUCACUUGUGCUCCCACUCUUCCCCCACCGUCACCUCCCCCCCAUCCUCCGCCACUCCCCAUCCCCCCCACCCCACUGCCCGCAGCCGACCCUUCCCCCCUCAAGUCGUUCUCCCAGUGGCCCCUCUCCAGCGCCCACCCGCUCCUCACAGCCGGCUCAGCGCGCCGCAACCGCUCGUCGCUCUCCCUCACCACGCUCUCCGACCUGAAUGCCGCAUCCCUCGCGCUGCACCCCGCCCCCUUCGCCCUGCUCGCCCCUGCCACGCCCACCUCCCCCUGCCGCCCCUUCUCCUUCUCCACCUCCUUCACCUUCCGCAUCUCCUCCCCCAACGCCGCGGGGCUGGGCGGCGAGGGCUUGGCGUUUGUGAUGCUGCCGACGCCCACGCUCGGCCUGCCGGGGCCGUCCCUGGGCUAUGGUCGUCUGCUGCUGCCCCCCGGGAGCACGGCUAAUGCUUCUGAUGAUGGUUCCAGUGGCAGCAGUGCGGCAGUGUCAUCUCAGGUACACUCUAACUCAGUGUUUCACGUGGGCAGCAACUCAGUGUUUCACGUGGGCAGCAACGCACUUGAAGACUUACACGGGCAGAAACGCACACAGCACAGGAGUCUGGCAGUGGAGUUUGACACAUGCGCCUCCCCGGAGUUCUGGGACCGGCAGGAGCACCACGUGGGGGUGAACGUGGAUGGCAGCAUGCUCUCUCUCGCCUCUGCCCCUGUGCACCCCGUCGGUAUCCCCUCCCUCAACGCCGGCCGAACCCUCCUCGCCACCAUCCAAUACAACGCCUCCUCCUCCCAGCUCACUGUCUGGCUCUCCCCCGCCCCACCCUCCUCUUCCUCCUCUUCUUCCUCCUCCUCCCCUCCUCUCCCCCGCUCUGCUGUCCUCACCACAUUCCUCGACACCUGCGAGUGGCUCGGUGGGAACGACCCGGAAGCAGCAGCAGCAGCAGCGCCACCCCCGGCGCUGUUUGUGGGCUUUACUGCGGCUACUGGCAAGGGGGGGGAGCAGGCGCAGGCGCACGAGGAGCUCGUCUCGUGUGAGGAGCUCGUCUCUUGUGAGGAGCUCGUCUCUUGUGAGGAGCUCGUCUCUUGUGAGGAGCUCGUCUCUUGUGAGGAGCUCGUCUCUUGUGAGGAGCUCGUCUCUUGUGAGGAGCUCGUCUCUUGUGAGGAGCUCGUCUCUUGUGAGGAGCUCGUCUCUUGUGAGGAGCUCGUCUCUUGUGAGGAGCUCGUCUCUUGUGAGGAGCUCGUCUCGUGUGAGGAGCUCGUCUCUUGUGAGGAGCUCGUCUCUUGUGAGGAGCUCGUCUCUUGUGAGGAGCUCGUCUCUUGUGAGGAGCUCGUCUCUUGUGAGGAGCUCGUCUCUUGUGAGGAGCUCGUCUCUUGUGAGGAGCUCGUCUCUUGUGAGGAGCUCGUCUCUUGUGAGGAGCUCGUCUCUUGUGAGGAGCUCGUCUCUUCAGCAGAGGAUAUGCUCCCGUUUUGGGCGGCAGACUCGUUCUCCUUCCGCUACAUCACGCCAGCCACUCCCCUGCUGACACGUGGCAGCACAAGGAAGCGUUUCUUCGCCGCCGACCUCUCUGUCGCUGCUGAUGUGGCAUCCACCAGCCAAUCAGACGACCCCGCUCCUGGAGCCAUCUUCUUCCCUCGCCGUCUCCCCCUCCUCUACCCCUCCUCCUCCCCUCCCUUCCCUCCUCCUUCCGUUCCUCUUCCUCGCAGCUCCACCCGCUCCUCUCCUUCCUCCGUUCUCCAACCCUCAGCCUCCGAACCUCCCGCCUGCAUGGCCCGCUCUUUCACCUUCACAUACGGCUUUUCCAUGAACGUAUCCGCGUCUCAAGGGCUCGCAUUCGUUAUAAGCACGCAUGCGAGUGUGGGCCUAGGCGGGGCUUAUAUGGGGUACGGCCGCGACCCGUCCUCGCGUCUUGCUAAUGGCAGCUGGCCGGACGGCGCGCGGAGUGUAGCUGUGGAAUGGCGCACUGUAACAAACCCAGAAGGCAAUAGAAAUGGUGUAAAGGUCGGGGUGACCACUGAUUUCAACAUGACAUCGGUUUUUGCAAAGGAAUCGCCUUAUGUGAUGGAGCCCGAGGAGGUGUGGCAGAUGAGGGUUGACUAUAACGGGAGCAGCAAGGAGAUGGCGCUGAGCUGGUACCGGCCCCCUUUUCUACGAGGCAUCAUGAGGGUCACUAUAGACCUGUGUGCUGCUCUCAGUGGGGCCUCUGACAGCAGCGGAAGCAGCAGCAGCAGCAGCAGUGGCAGCAGCAGCGGUGUGACGGACCCAGCAUCGCCAUCCUUCGGGCAGCUGUUUGUGGGGUUCACCAGCGCUGCUCUCCCUCCCCCCCCUGGCCGCCUGCCUUCCCCCGUCACCCUCUCCUCCUGGACCUUCAGAUUCACAGGUAAAGGGGGAGGCGAGGGGGCGAGAUGGCGGGGAGGGAAAGAGAGAAUGGGUAGCAAGCCGCGUGCCCUGCCAGGCUGCCCCCAUUGGCCUCUCCUCCUGGACCUUCCCGUUUACUUGGAAAUUUCUAACCAUCUGCGUGGAGGGGCUGGAAGCCUCUUUCCUACCGCUUCACCCCCCCCUUUUGAGGCGCCUCAAAAGUCCUCUCCUCCUGGACCGUCCGCAGACACUGACCCCUGCACGGGUUCUCCGGUGCUGCCCUGUGGAGCGGGCGUGUGCAGCAAUGCACCAGCCCCAUGGGACGUGUGCAGCAAUGCACCAGCCCCAUGGGACGUGUGCAGCAAUGCACCAGCCCCAUGGGACGUGUGCAGCAAUGCACCAGCCCCAUGGGACGUGUGCAGCAAUGCACCAGCCCCAUGGGACGUGUGCAGCAAUGCACCAGCCCCAUGGGACGUGUGCAGCAAUGCACCAGCCCCAUGGGACGUGUGCAGCAAUGCACCAGCCCCAUGGGACCCCUCUUUCCUCGUCUCUCAUACCCACUCUCUCCCCACUCCUCGUCCGUCUCAUACCCUCUCUCUCCUCACUCCCCCUGCCUCUCCAGUGCUGCCCUGUGGAACGGGCGUGUGCACCAAGGCGCCUGCCCCAUGGGACCCCUCUAUCCUCGUGCCCUCCUGCAAGUGCCCCUUCAAUCUUCCCUCCUUCCAACCCUCGCACCUCGCCGGCCUGCCCUCCUGCUUCCCCGGUGAGUCGUGGAGUGCCGUUGGCAAGCGGUGGGGUGCAGUAGAUUCCUUCACGUGUCGCCAGCUCCCCCGCAACCCAUGUGCCCCGGGGGUGUGCAUGGAUGACAUAGACGGCACCUACUCCUGCCUCUGCCCCUCGCCCUUCUUCCCCUUCUUCUAUUCGAAACGCACUACCCGCUGUUACCAAUUGCGAUCGUUUGAGCUGCGAGUGCCCACCUUCCUGUCUCCCUACGGUCUCACAUGCCCUCUCAUCCUCAACACUUACGGGCUCACCCAAGCGGCCUUCUUCAGCCAAAACAAGUCAUUCUUUUUCUGUCGACUACCCACGUUGCAACCCACCCAAUCCGUCAUCUCUCCUUUGAUCGGACUGCAGGGCUUCCAGUGCCGAGCGCCCAUCCCUGUGGAGACUGUCAUCAACGUCACCAGCCGGGCUUACUCCCAAUGCACCUCCAUGUACACUGCUAAUUAUGGUGACUCGUGUAACUCCCUCAACGCCCUUUUCUCCACGCACAUUCAGUCGCUCAACCCCGCCCUCAGCUGCUCUGAUGGGCCCCGACCCGGCCAGCUCCUCUGUGUGGACUUCAACAGGACGUGGCUAGAGCUGGCAAAAACCCGCGUGGCAUGCCAAGUCUUCGCCCAAAUCACCCCAGCCAUCACCACAAUCCCAGCCACACCGCCACCCAGCCCUCAACCACCACCUCCCCUAGUCGAGUAUAUGGACCAGGGCGUGACCAUGAAGGUGCUCCAGGGCGCGCAGUCCUGCCAGCAGUUGUGGCGGGCGUUUGGUGUUGACUCCCCCACGCGCUUCUUCCAGAUGAAUCCCGGGCUGUCGUGCGACUCCUUGCUGCCGUACAGCCCCACGCAGGCCAAUGUGAUGAGUAACGUGAGUUGGGUUGCCUGUGUGCGAUGGGUUGGGGCCAAGUGGGGGGCCAAGUGUAUGGCGUCGCCUCCACCUCCCCUAGUCGAGUAUAUGGACCAGGGCGUGACUAUGACGGUGCUCCAGGGCGCGCAGUCCUGCCAGCAGCUGUGGCGGGCGUUUGGCAUCGCCUCCCCGAUGAGAUUCUUCCAGAUGAAUCCCGGGCUGUCGUGCGACUCGCUGCUGCCGUACAGCCCACUGCAGGGCAAUGCGAUGAGGUGGGUAGUGGAGAAGGAAACGGGAUGGGAGAUGGAUGAUAGGAAGGGGAGGGAGGAGGGAUUGGGGGAGAGGGUGGGUAGUGUUUUGCAUCACCACCCCGACACGCCUCUUCCAGGUGAAUCCCAGGUUCCCGUGCGCUGCCCUGCUGCUGUAGAGUCCCCUGCAGGUGAAUGUUGUGGUCUAUGA